AUGCGCUAUAAUUGCAUUGCCAUUCUGACCUACGUCUUCUACGCAAUCUGUACAACAGAGCCAUUAAGCGGAUCAGGUAGGCUCGAGCGUUCCUCCUAUGCGAUCCCAAACCUAGGAGCGAAAUGCUUUAUCGGCGAGGAUUUUCGUCAAGCAGGUCACCCCAAUGCAGCAUGCGCACCAUAUAUCACGGUCAGAUAUGAUAUGAUAGAUUGUGAAGGUGAUUUUUGCGGCAAACCCAUCUGCUGUCCCCCAGAAAUCGAGCAAGAAGUCCACCUCGACGACUGCUUCUGGAGUGGUUCAGCAACGGGCUGCCACGGACAAUGUUUCACGGGCACCGUUCAACUAGCCAAGUCCACGUGGGAUGAAUCCACCGCUAUCGAGAACGUGAAGAGCAGCUGUGAGGCCGGAUCAAAAGCACUAUGCUGCCCACUGCAACUUUACAGGAAGAUGUUUACCGAGUGCUAUUCCACUCCUGGUUUUGGAUACCCCUGCACCCACGACUACGUCAGCGUCGCCCAUUUCUGGAAUCCCUGGAUACCUUGGAAAAAAGGACGUCCGGUAUACGACCCUGGUGAAGACCUUUGCUGUCCAAUGAGUUUUCCACUGCCUUUCAUUAAUUGUCAUUGGGUGGGCGACGGCGAUUGCGUGGAUGCGAACUGCGCGGCGAGUGAGGUUAGCCUUGGAACCAAUCCUGUUGGAGGCGAUGGGGAGUCCUGUAUUGAUGCUCGGUUUAAGUCCCUUUGUUGUACGCCGAAUCUUGCCGUUCUGGAUAGGAUGGUCUGCGGUGUCGAUGACUUUUGCCUUGAAGAUCCGUAUGGGUGUGAAAGAUGGGAGUAUGACGACGAAGAUGACGAUGUUUGCAAGUUGUGA